AUGGCGUCGAUACUGGUCCCCAUCCUCUACGUCGUCCUAGUCUUUGGCGGUCUCUGGGCAUUCAGCUCCUGGUACAGAAAGCGCAAUGCCACCCUGGUUUACGAACCCUACUUCACGCAGCAUCGCGAACGCGAUCUCUACAUAUCUCUCCUCCAGAAAACGGACCCGCCGGCUCCGGAGUCGCUCCUCAAAGCGGCCCUCGUCCGCCGUGCCAUGACGGACGUCACCCGCAUCCUCCGUCUCCGCGAGGACAAGCCCGCUCUGCAGAUUCUCCUCCAGAAAGGCUCAAUUGGCGAUGAUCUGUGGAACAGCCUGCUCAGCGCAGAGAAGGAGAUGGAGGCAGAGCUUUUGGAAGUCGCUGCAGAGGCAAACUCGUAUGUCGAAGGCUGGGGUCAAGUCAUCUUCCAGACCGCUUCCGAGAUGAUGGCCAAUGAGCGUAUGCGAUCGUUCCUGGAGCGCAUCCCCGCCCUGAGGGUGGAGAAAGAACGCAAGUACGGCCGGGUGUCCUCGAGCUCUCACCGCGCCAUUGAGCCCUCUACUCCUGCCACGCCCGUUACUCCUGCAUCGGCGGUACCCACUCCGGUGUCUGCUAUUCCGAAAUCACCUGCCACGCCGGUGCCCCCUACCCCUGCAUCUGCCGUGUCCUCAAGCAGCUUGGCCCCGCCGAGUGCUAGUACCGAGAACUUUGCGAGCGACAGCGAGGGCCCCGGUUCUCCCGCGUCGCCUCGCUCUCCGUCGAAGUCUUCAAAGAAGGCUAAGAAACGAAAGUAG